UUGAACCCAGGACCCCCCAUUUCUAGACCUGGCUUUCUACCUAGGUGCCCCCCAAUUCCCUCAUUUUAAUAGGGAGAACUGAGAUCCCACAAGGCAUGGGGGUAAGGAACAAGAGAAAGUGGGCUGCCAGGCUUCUUGUGCUCCAUCCUCUAAGGUGCUUUCUCAAACCCUAAUUAGUGCUUCAGUUUCUUUUGUCCUGUGAGAGGGGCUUGGCAGAGGGAAGGAGUCUCCUAAGUGAUGUUUGCUCUACUAAUAACAACAAGCACAGUCUAAAGCUACAGAUUCUCUGCCUUUUCCUCCUCUCCCAAACUUGCUCCUGGGCUAGGGCAUCUGGGUGGCUCCCUACCUGGAAAAGCCAGGUUGGUAGGCAGGUUGUGCCUCCACUUCUGCCCUGGGCCCUGUGGGGGUGGCAAGCGCCAGGGUUAGGACAAAGAGCCUUUCUGAGCUGGGGAGAUAAGGCACAGAUUAACUCCAUCCUGUCCAGCCCCCACUGCUGCAGCUGGGAUAGCAGGCACUCCUGGGGAGGAGACGAGGAAUCGGCUUGGGUCAGAGCCAGGGAAUUCCAUCCUUAGGACAAGGGGAGGGAGGAAGGGAGGGUGAGAAUGUCUUGGGCACAGCAGAGGGGGAGUUGGGGGGUUGAGGACGGGUGGCAGGUGGCUACAAGAAGUUUUUUUAAUCUUUUUUUUUUUCUGAUUCUCUCCCCUACUCUCAGAACCCUGCCCCCCCCUUACCCUUUACCACCUCUCAUUAGAGAAGGGGAAAGAUGAGUGAAUCGAGUUCAAAGUCCAGCCAGCCUCUGGCCUCCAAGCAGGAGAAAGAAGGGUCUGAGAAGAGAGGGCGGGGCCGACCCCGGAAACAGCCUCCGGUAAGUUUCACCCAAGUAGGGACCUCCAAAGUGGGGUCCCAGAAGGAACCCAGUGAAGCACCAACUCCCAAGAGACCUCGGGGCAGACCAAAGGGGAGCAAGAACAAGGGGUCUGCCAAAAGCCGGAAAACCACCACUGCACCAGGGAGGAAACCAAGAGGUAGACCCAAAAAGCUGGAGAAAGAAGAGGAAGAGGGGAUAUCCCAGGAGUCUUCAGAGGAGGAGCAGUAACUGAGUCUGCUUGUAUCUUCCUACCUCAUCCCCCUCGAUGACGAUGAUGACAACGAUGAUGGCAGCGGCCCUUUCAUUCUGGGACUAGACAGAAAAAUGUUGAUCUUUAAAUCCCCAUUUUUCUUUCUCCCCCUCCCCCCUCCCAAACCUCUCUUCUCCCUCCAUCUGCCCUUCCUGGUCAGGGAAAUAACAGCUCAACCCGGGAAAACUACAGCUACCCCAAGCUGGGCAGGGGAGAGGAAGGGUUGGCAGUUGGGCAUUUCCCUAACUCCCUUCCCCCCUCUCCCCACUCCAUUCACCCUUCCUUAGACACCACCACCCUCCCCUUCCCAGACCUGGGAUUUCUUUUGUAUGCCUUCCUCUCUGACAGGGCUAAACUGACUUAGCUGCCAACACCUGUUUCUUUGGUCUGUGCCCCCUGGAAUGGGACCCGGGUUUCUGUUUUCCUGCCCUCCCCAAAGGGUUUGAGACGAAGGACAGAUAGAUGGACAAGCUUCUUGAUCUUAAAGAGCUUGGCUUCUCUCUGACUUCUAUCUGGGGUGAUCCUGUGCCCUCCUCCCCUUUUUUCUGCCUUCCAUCCAGCCAAAAUUGGUCCCAGGGGUGGAAGCAGAAUGAAGGGGAAGCCUGAUCCCCCCCCCCCAUUCCCUCCCCACACUUUCCUUAGCAUCAACUGGAAUGGGGCUGGGCUGGAGUGCAAGAGAGUCAGGCACUGGGAGAAGUAGCCCAGGGAGGGGAGGAGGAGGGCCUGAUUCACCUCUUAUUUCCUUGCAGCUCCAGAGAUCUAGGGAAAAGGGGGAUUCGACAAUCCUAUUAAUUUCCCCCAAUCCUGGGCUGGCCUGCCUUGGCCUAUGAUUUUUUUGCCUUUGGAAUACAUGCUUUGCAAGGAUUUUGUUUCUAUCUUGGCCCUCCUACUCCAUCCCUCAUUUCAGAAUGCCACCCCCUCCCCCUAGGAACUGGUUACAUCUUCCCUCUGUUCACAAUCUACCUCUGAGCACAUUAUGUUGGUUUUGUUUUUAUAUUCUGUGGCUUCCAGACACCCAGCCAUGCAGGUUCUUUGGUUCCCAUAUUCAUCUACCCUCAACCCUCCCCCAUCUACCCUGCUUAUCCUCCCCAGAUCUUUGCAAGGAAGGCUUGGUGGGGUGAGGAGAGAGGAGACACCAUGCCUAGUUUACUAAAAAGUUGACAUUGUUGAGGAGGCAGGGCCCCAGGGGAGCUGCCCACCCCCACUUCUAUCAGCCCUUCCUUGGCUAAUCUUCAGGUUGGGAGGGUUAAGGGAAGGAGGUCCAGCUGAAGUGGGGGGAAGGGGUGGUCCCAGACUGUUAUGAGGCCCCCCCCCACUCCACUCUGGUUUCCUAUUUGCAGUUACUUGAAUAAAAAUAAAUUCCUUUUUUUCUUGGA